GCUCUAUUUUUGUGAUGAGGACGAGAGUCUCUUGAAUUUGGUGUCGUCGAUUCGUGUCGCGAUGUGUGUAGCUUGAAAUUAUUCGUGACAAAUUUAUAUAAUCGCUGAGGACGGUACGAAAAACGUGUACCGUGAUUGAUGGGAAAGAACUUUACGCGAAACUUUAAAUAUAUUCAAUGUUGGAUGUUCGACAAUUAAUCGGAAGUCGGUGAAAGUGUUUGGGCUGGUAGGAAGAACGUCGUGUUGUGUGAGCUGUGCUGCUGGGUUCGAUUAGACGGCAAAAUUUUCACAAUUUUUGCCUACCAUGCAACCAUUCGCGACGGGCAGUACAAUGGCGACCGACACACCGACGAGCCUGCCGCCCGAGAGGGUGACCUCCCCGACGCCCAGCCGUAAUCUCACAUUCUCUAUCGCGAAGAUCAUGGAGCCGGACAAGCGACUGACCGAGCAGAACGCUAACCAGGUCCCACCCCCACCGUCAACGGUACCAGCGACGACAACGACGACCAUUUUACAACAACCACCGAGCAUUUCUUCUCCCUCAUACUCGGCGCAUCUGAAAUCGGCCUUCGAGAAAUAUGUCCCGACUCUAAGGCAUCAGGAUCUGCUGCAGCACUACCCCGUAUUGUCCAAGUACUAUCCGCUGUAUUAUCCUAGUCCCUUAUUGAGAGCCUUUCCGGGUCCACCCGCUUCAACACCAUCGGUCACACAGAGCUCGCCACCCCCAACGACCAUUCAGGAGGCCUCCUCGAGGCUCAGUCUCGCCAGCAUAUCGCCGGAGAAUCAACGCGGCAAGAAGAGUCCGACACCGCGCAACGAGCUCGGCACCGUAAACAAGCAGAAGACCUUCACCUGUCCGGAAUGCGGCAAGGUUUUUAACGCGCACUACAACCUCACGCGACACAUGCCGGUGCAUACGGGCGCCCGGCCGUUCGUCUGCAAAAUCUGCGGCAAAGGUUUUCGGCAAGCGAGCACUCUCUGCCGGCAUAAGAUCAUCCACACCGCCGAGAAGCCGCACAAGUGCGUGACCUGCGGGAAGGCUUUCAAUCGUAGCUCGACCCUGAACACCCACACGCGAAUACACGCUAAUUUUAAGCCGUUUGUCUGCGAAUUUUGCGGCAAGGGAUUUCAUCAAAAGGGCAACUACAAGAAUCACAAGUUAACGCACAGCGGCGAGAAGGCGUACAAGUGCAACAUCUGCAACAAGGCAUUCCACCAGAUCUACAAUCUCACUUUUCAUAUGCACACGCACAACGACAAGAAACCGUUCUCCUGCAAGAUAUGCGGCAAGGGCUUUUGCAGGAACUUCGACCUGAAGAAGCACAUGAGGAAGCUGCACGACGCGGGCUCGCCGGUACUCAGCGGAUUGGAUGCCUCGGGUCAGAAUCAUAACCAGCAGUCGGGCUACUCGUCAGUGUACCACGGUCCGGAACACUCUAUUGUCAAUCCGUUUAUACUUCCCCCGCCUGGAUCUACCAGUUACCAUUCUCUCAGUAAGAUGUUGUGACAGAGCGAAAACAUGCAUUAUCCUAGAAAGACACAGUAUCCGCUCAUUCUCGGCUCGCCUUGCUACUCGGCUGACAUGGGCCAAUUAGCGCAAACCUCCAAGUGAAGAGCACAGGAAACGCCAAAGAAUCCGCGCGUCCGAUAUCUCUUACUUGGACAAAAUGUAUCCCGCUUUUGUCACGACGAUCGGAAAAUACAUUCACGACAUAUUACAUAGAUGAAAAUAUAUACAACAUUAAAAGCGAUGAACCGAUAAAAUCUCUUGUAAGUGCAACAAAAGUUUUAAUAUAACAAGAAAUAAUAUUGACGAUUUGUUCGCUAAAAUUUGACAGAUUGUUCAUCUGCAUUUACAAAAUUGAGAUUAAUGUUGAAUUGAAAGCAAGAUAAUGAAUUGAAAUAAUGACUUAAAUAAAAUUAUCGCUCGAUUUUCUUACUUUUAUAUCUCGAGAAUAUUUCC